GAUAUUUUGCAUUCUCGGUUACAUAAUUUCUUUGCCGUAGUUGACUGUGAAUACCACUGCUCCUACUGCUUCUUCUUCUGUAGCGGACCCACUUUCAAAGUGUCCAACAGUCCUCACAUUUCACGUCGCUGUCGAUAACGCUCUAGCCUCUCUGUCCGAUCGGUACAUUUCCUUCCUCUUGCAUCAGUACGAUGAAGUACGGUGAACACCUAAAAGCGAACAUUGCUCCGGAAUACGGUGAGGAAAACUACCUGCAUUAUGAACGACUCGAUCAGAUCAUUACGCAGCUGACGGAGACUAAGCCUUCGCGUGCCGUGGAAACCUCCCGCGUGGUAUCAAUGACUGCUCCACCGCAAACGAACGCACAAGGGUUGGAUACAUCCAAGAUAAACAUUACGGAAGAAGAUUUUCUCAAGCUCCUCGAAUCGGACAUGCAGAAGGUGGAAGUAUUUACGUUGUCGCAAGUGACAGAUCUUCGCCAUAAGAUUCUCGGAACCGAGGCUUUGUUGAAGCAGACGGACGGGAAGGGUGAUCCGACCUGGGAUCCAAUCGUGCUGGAAGAGAACGCGGACGAAAUCGCGGAAGACUUUUUGCGGUUGGAAAAAUAUGUCAACAUCAAUUUCAUGGGCUUUCACAAGAUUCUCAAGAAACACGAUAAGCGCUUGCCCAAUCUUGCCUGCAAGGAGUUCUACGUCAACCGUUUGCACGCCCAGGCCUGGGUCCGGGGUGAUUACAGUGAUGUUGUCGUGCGUCUUUCCAAUAUUUACGCCGCCCUGCGCAACGACAAUCAAGCCGAGGAAAACCAAGACGCUUCGCAAAGCUUUUUGCGAUCCACCACAAAAUACUGGGUCAAAACGGAAGACGUUUCGAGAGUCAAGUACGCAAUUCUGAGACAUUUGCCCGUAUUCUUACAAAAAACUAGUACGGGUGAGUCGGAUUCGCAAUUUACCAACUCGGUCUAUUUGGACAACGACCAACUCGAACUGUAUCACGGUCGUCUGGACAAGACUCCAGGUGCGAUUGCCUUGCGUUUGCGUUGGUACGGACCGGGUGACCCUAAGUUGGUCUUUUUCGAACGAAAGACUCACAAUGAAACCUGGACCGGAGACGUUUCGGUGAAGGAGCGCUUCACGGUCGACGAGUCCGAGGUCCAACAGGUGUUAACCAACACUUACCCAAUUGCGGAAAAAAAGCAAGCUAUGCUUGAAUCGGGCACGUCCCAAAAGGAAGCCGACGAGUGGGAAACCCUAGUCCGUGAAAUCACCCAGGUCAUUGUUUCCAAACAACUUGUGCCUACCAUGCGUACACAGUGCAUGCGGACCGCCUUUCAGAUUCCUUUCGAUGCAACAGUUCGUGUCAGUUUGGAUACCAACUUAUGUAUGAUAUCGGAGCGUGGCUACGAGUUGGAGGAUAUGAAGGUCUGGCAUCGUGAUUCUUCAUGGGUAUUGGAACCAAACGAAAUUCAUCGUUUCCCGCACGCUGUUCUGGAAAUCAAACUCGAACUCGGUGGUGGUAGUCUCACGCCGCCAAAGUGGGUAACGGACCUGCAAAAUUCGGGAUUUUUGUACGAGUGCCAUAAGUACUCCAAGUUCGUUCACGGCUGCGCUGUCCUUCUUCCGGAAGACGUGCGUGCCGUCCCGUACUGGAUCGACGAUGUAUCGCUUCGCCAAUCCAUUGUGGAUAGUCAAGCUCAACGCAUUUUGGCAGACGCCACUGUUGGUGUCGGGCCUGGUGCCAACCAAGUGUACAAUCAUUUGCUGCCGUUUGGAACAACUGUCAACGAUCGAUCACUAACCGCUGUGGGACGCACGAACGCCGACCGCAACGCCUCCAAAGGGUUGGUGGGUGAUAAGGCACCCCUAUUAGGUGCCAUUACCACGGGAGCAAAUUUCUAUGCUGACGAGGAUGGCGACGACUAUGGAGAAGACGAGGAGGACAUUUCGUGCUGGCCCUUUCCCUUUUGCUCUCGGCAGAAUUACGUUCUGGAUGGCCCAUUGGCGCCCACUUCAAUUCAAAAGAUUGAACCCAAAGUCUUCUUUGCCAACGAACGUACAUUCCUACAUUGGCUGCAUCACGGUGUUAUUUUGUCAACCAUCGCUUCGGGAAUUCUAUCCUUUUCGCAUGAAACUGGUGCCGGCUGGGGCCAAUGGUACGCCUUGGCUCUGCUGCCAAUUUCGCUCAGUUUUUGCGUGUACGCCGUCCACAUCUUUCUGUGGCGAGCGGAUCGUAUCAAAACACGCAUUCCAGGACGUUGGGAUGAUCCCUGGGGUCCGCUCAUGCUGGGAUCAACGGUGGCUAUAGUUCUUUUCUGCAACUUCAUUGUGAAACUGGUGGCCAUUUCGAAAAUGGACCUAAUGUAAUUGGGGAGACGUAGAAGAGGAGACAACUCCGGAAUGAUGUACGACCAUAAGCAAUUAAAGUUAGUAUGUGCGACUAAAAUUGAGAGGCAAUUUCAUAGAUAAAUGUUGUUACACAAUAUGUUGGUUUGCCGAGGUAGAAAAUAGCACCGAGGGCUUUGAAUCGAAGGAAUAGAGUGGCGUAGUAGAGAAUUUCUUCCAGUCGGACAAGCCCGGAUCCUCCAAACUCUCUUCCUCGCCACGAAAAUAAAUUGCCUGUUUAAUACGGCUAUGCCUUCCGAUACAAGGUGGAGAGUGUCAAAAUAUAGUGCUGUGUAUUGAGAAAAUUCGCGGAUCCCUUCAUGCAGCUUGAUGAGGCACGUGGACAAUGUGUUCGCUUCCUUGCAUAAUCAGGUUUUCCACGUCAUCGACGUAGAUGAAGCGCUCAUUCCCUUCUUCCUGCCCUAAUUCCAGCAUCAAAUUGGUAAUGUCGUCUGUGGUCAAACAAUCGUCCGCUCCUAUGUUGUGAAAAAAUCGGCAGAGUUCGUUUCGCGAGAUUUUGCCGUCGCAGUUGGUGUCCGCGGCUACGAGAAUUUCCUUAACGAAUCGGCUGAACAAGGUCUGUCCAAAUUUUUCUGUCGGUACUCAUUGAGAAUGGACCGCAUCUUGAGGCGUGCUGGACUGAGUUCAUUAUCUUUGGGCAAGUUCCGUUCGUAAAACACGGUCCGCGCGGUCGUUUCGUGUGGGAAAGAAAAGUCUUGUACGGUAGAAAGGGUGCGCGUCGAAGACGCGCCCCCCACCAUCAGGGAAGAACGUACGGUGAGACUCGUAACGGCACACCGGAGUCCAGAAGUGGACAAGAGGAGUCGAGUAGAAAACAUUCGGAAAGAAAGGAAGCAAAAGAAAAUGAUACAAUGAUCGCUGUGUACGGUUUUUUUCACAGUAGGUGGAGUAGCAACUUUAGGGAGGAGCGAG